CACUUCUUCGUCUUCAAGCCGUUAAUCUCUCCCGGCGAACUCCGGCCGGCUCAAUUCCUGACGUCCUCACUCGUCUCCUUCCUUCUCUUGGGAAGGCAAAACAUUUUGUUUUGGGGAUAAUAUAUAGCAUCCAUUCGUCACAGAAUGACUAUCCCUUACUUCAAGGUGGAGAAAACGCAAGUCAGCGCCAACAGCAGCACAAAGUUCGCCAGUUCCAUUUGCUCAAUUUAAAGCCACCAAAGCCCUUAAUUUUGGUUAUCUGGGUUCUCUCCAUUCAGCCGGGUAAUUGCUAAUUCCUUCCAUUUCCGUCUUCCUCUUGUCAUCUGGGUUCUCAAUCGAGUGUGCUCGACGGCUGCAGCUUUUCCGAAAUAGUUAACUGGUGCAAAAGGGUAUUUUAGCUCUGGGUUUUGCUCUUCGGGUUAGAAGGAAACAUAUUUUGUUGCUUUUCCGAUCGUUAGGCAGCUUCCUGAACUGGGUGGCUUCCUGAUAUUUGGAAUUCGUCGUCUUGUCUUACACUUCACAGUUUUGCUUCGUUGCUGUGCUUCCAAGAUAGUCGAAAUUUUUGGGUUGUUAUGUAUGUUCUCAUCACAGUAGGUUUCCUCCUAAUGGCUAUUGGUGCUGUAGAUUUCCUAUGCGCGUGCCUUUCGUUUGUCUGUCUCGUCCAUGUAUUCCCUCAGAUCUUAGCAGUCGAUUCAGUAUGGUUGCAGAUUUGAAGGGAGGAGAAAUUCUGUGGUGUUUGGGAAAUUCAGCUGCUCGAGAGAGAAGUCACACAAACUGGUGUUUGCAAUUUAGGACAGCAAGAUGUCUAUUAGACAAAACAACACCCUUUUUCUUGAACAAUGGCUGAGCAGCAUCAGUGGCAAUGUGAGCACAAGCCAAUCUUCUUCUUCAUUGUCCUCCCGUGCUAUCGUUCAAACAUGGGCUGAGAUCAGAGAUUGCCUUCAAAGCCAAGCACUCCAACCCCGUCACCUCCAGUCCAUGAAUCUUCUUCUAGAUUCUCAAGUAUCCCUUUAUGUUGCUGAUACCCAAGCAAAGCUUCUGCUCUCCAUUCUAUCUUCUGAGAAAAUCGCUCUUCCUAAUGAAGCAUAUACACCUUUGCUUCGGCUGCUCUAUGUCUGGGUUAGGAAGUCCUCAAGACCAUCUCCAUCGCUAAUGGAUUCAGCUGCAGAUGUCCUCUUGAAAUUCUUAGAUACUGAGUAUGGACAAAUUAAGGACCCCAUAGUAUUUGCAAAUACGGUUCUCCUGCUUGCCGCUAUUUCUUAUGUGCCUUCUGCAUCAGAACGAUCCAAAACAGUCUGCCUGGAUUUGGUUUGCAGAUUGUUGGAGCAAGACUAUAUACUGAUCAGCUCAUUUGGAGCACUACUUCUUAGCCAUGUUCUUGCUGGGAUAGGGUAUGCUUUGUGUUCUUCGGGGAAUGCCCACUUUGUUAGGAUAUUGGAUUCAUUGAUGGGGAUUUGGGGUAAGGAAGAUGGACCGCCUUGUAGCUUACGAAACGGACUCAUGAUUUUGCAUUUGGUAGAAUGGGUGAUACCUGGAAUCAUGAAAUUAAAUUCUCAGGAGAAGCUGCAAACAUUUACGCUACAGGCUUUGGAGACUCCAAAACUGGAUUAUCCACCAUCUGGCCUCGUUAUGGCUGCAGGUGGUGUUCUGAGAGCUUUGAAUAGAUCUAUUACAAGUGUUCAAAGGCUGGAUUUGGUUUCCAGAUUGAGGUUUUCUUCAGAAAAUAUACUAAAAUCCAUUGCUCAAAAUUUAAUUACGAAAAUGGGACGGUCUAUUUCUGUGGCCAAUGAUGGCUCAACCGGUCUUCUAUUGCAGUGUAUUUCCUUAGCUGUAGCUCGAGCUGGUCCCGUAUCUUCCCAUGCUUCUCUCUUCAUAUCCCUUGCUGCAGCAUUAUUAACAGAGAUAGUACCUCUGCGUCGUUUGUAUACAAGAAUUCUCGGUUCUUCAGUCAGUUCCCACGGACUGGAGUUCGAUGAAGCAAAAGAACAUCUCAACAGUGUUCUUUUCAAGGAAGCAGGAAGCGUAACUGCUUGCUUCUGCAAUCAGUAUGUCUCAGCAGAUGAAGAGAGCCGGAAUGUAGUUGAGAAUGCCUUUUGGCGCUUCUGCCAAGAGAUAUAUUCUGGCCAUCGACUAGCGGCUUUAUUGCUGCAUGAUAGAGAGGAUCAGCUGCUAUCAAAUAUUGAAAAAAUGGCUGAGUCAGCCUUCCUUAUGGUAGUUGUUUUUGCCUCAACAGUUAGCAAGCACAAGUUGAGUUCAGACUUGGCUCCUGAAAUACGGAUGCAAACCUCGGUAUCAAUUUUAGUUUCAUUCUCUUGCAUGGAAUACUUCCGCCGUAUUCGUUUGCCUGAGUAUAUGGACACGAUACGAGGGGUUGUUGUUAGUGUACAGGAGAAUGAGACUGCAUGCACCACUUUUGUGGAGUCCAUGCCUCCCUAUGCUGAUCUCACAAACGCUAAAGAAUUCCCACACCUUGUGAAGUAUACUUGGCUGAACGAUGAAGUCCAGACUUCCCGAAUGUUGUUUUAUCUGCGUGUCAUUCCAACAUGCAUCGAGCGCCUAUCUGCACUUCUAUUCAGUGAGGUGGUGACUCCAACUAUGUUCUUAUAUAUGGAACAUCCGAAUGAGAAAGUAUCUCGAGCCUCACAUUCCAUGUUUGUGGCAUUCAUAUCUCUGGGAAAGGAAGCAGAUGGUAAUGAAACAGCACCACUGAAGGAGCAACUUGCUUUCUAUUACAUCCUGAAAUCGUUAUCGGGAUAUCCUGAGUUUACACCAUUUGAUGGCAUGGCAUCUGGAUUUGCACAUUUGAUUCAACACCUUCCUGCUGGAAGCCCGGCCAUAUUCUACUGCAUCCAUAGCCUAGCGGAGAAAGCCCAGAACCUCUGUUCUAUAGUUUCCGUGCAGAAUGCUGAUCUAUGGAAGAACUGGCAGGGAGAGUUGGAGCCUUGCAAAAAGCUUCUCGAUUUGCUUUUACGAUUCAUUUCCCUCGUUGAUAUUCAAGUGCUACCUGACUUGAUGAAGGUACUUGCUCAGCUGAUCAUCCAGCUACCCAAAGAUGGCCAGAAUGUGGUUCUUAACGAGUUAUAUGAACAUGUAGCUGAAUCAGAUGAUGUCAUCCGCAAGCCUUCACUGGUGUCGUGGCUACAGUCACUAUCUUACCUAUGCUAUAGAGAUUUUGAUAAUACCAGUAGAAAUGCAGCCUCCAAGAACAAGAUUGGCCCUGAAGAAAGUUCUGCUGCUUCUCUCCCAAACCCUUCACAGGGAGCCGAAGGAUUAAGUUCCCGAUUGUGAGGGUAGAGAGCUCCAUCUCUCUGAAAAAGUACUGUCUGUAUGUGUCCCGUUGACCUCAUGGCAUGCCUUCCUGCAGUUAUUUAGGAUCUUUGGUUCUGUGUAAUGUGUAUAGGAGAAUCCAGCUAUGUUAGGUAAAAAGUCUUACUGCAGCAAAAUGGUAGAUAGAUAAAAGGAAAUAGAAGAUGAAACAUUGAAGUUGUGAAACCUUGACACUACUGCUUGAAUACUGGACAACCAUCAGCGAUCACCUGUCUGAGGGAAUGCUCUGCCGAUCAGCCACACACGAACUGGACCGAGUGCACCGACGAGAAAGAACAGUGAAUCAAUUUCUUUUGGUCCCUCGCAGUCGAAUAUCGAAUAUGUAGCAUUGCAGAUCCUGGCCUCCAGGAGUUCCCUAGACCCUUCUCUAUAAAACGGACAUUCAAGUAUGUCUUCAUCAGCAUCUUGUCCUGUCAAGGUCGAUACAGCCUCCACUUCACUUCUUCACGGGCUUUCAAGUUUCAUCAACUUCUCCAACUGCCCUUUCAGAGUCCAAUUCUAAGUCCAGGUUCCGAAUGAACACCUUGUCCAACAUCAUCUUGGCGUCCCAAAUGAACACCCCUUACAAAACACUAACACACUGCAUUCCUAAUCCACAAUAGCCUCAUAAAGCAACGCUCCAGCACGAAACACCUUACCCAGUGAUUAGCAGUAUCCUUAAGCAUUUUAGUUAACAUUUUGAUCAGCGUUAUCCUUAAGCAUUAUUGUUAACAUUGAACCAACUAAUACCUUUGAUAAUGUCAUAUUUUUAUAUUCAUAAAUAUUUUCACUGUUGUCUGGGUGGUGUAGUUGGUU